AUGAUUAAACCUAAACAUUUUUCUAAUCUUCAUGCCAAGUUUCCAAGUUUACCUAAAUCUUCAUGCUCCAAGUCUUGUAACUUUAAAGCUUGCAAACGAAAACUUGCCAAAUCCUUGCUAAAACCUGCCCAAACCACUCAAAAAUCAUCCAUGCUAUCGUGUCUUCUCGAGGAGCAAUCAGAUGCGGCUUCAUACAACUACGAUGCACCUGGAGCUUCCUAUUCGCUGAAAUGGAUCUUCCACAACGAUCUUUGUUUUAAGCGUGAAUACUCUCAGCUGGAGAUCGAAGCUAAGGCAAGGGCGGAGGAGUUGAAGGAAUCGAAUUCGAAUCUGGUGGUUGUGAAGGGGAAUCGGAAGAAUCAGGUUACAUGGAAGGGAGAUGGGUUUGAAGGGAAGAGAAAUGGAACCGGUAAUGGUGGUGAUGGUAAAGAUAUUGAUAAUUGGAAUAAUGGAGCUUUUGAUGUAUAUAAACUCCAGAAGAAGGUUAGGAACAAAGGUGGGAAAGGAAAGGAAAUAGAUACCGACAUAACUAAGCUUGAGCCUAAGAAAUUGGAAAAUAAAUAA